AUGGCUCUCGGUGCUGGAGCUACCAUCGCCCUCGUCAUCGUCGGCUGUGGCGCAUUUGUCUGCUGUCUCGGAGCAAUAGGCUGGUUCUAUCGUCGAGAAGACCCGAACGAGCGGGGCACAAACUAUGGCUGGCGACCUAGCAACGACCAAGGCGACUACAUGAGGGAAAUCAGACAAAAGAACCAUAAGGGCUUGUUUCAUGUCGCAAGGUAUCAUGACAGGGCUUCGAGUUCGCAAGGCUCUCAAUCACACUACUCGAGAUCGCAUUAUACUAGCGCGAGUAGAAGCGAGGCUAUGAGUGCUGUUUGA